UUCUUCUUCUGGGUCUUCUCUCCCCAGCCCCACUCGGCUGCUCCUCCUGCGCCUCCUCAUCUUAUCUCGCCAAUCCCCUUCACCGCGCGCGGCAGGGCUAAACCAAACCCUAGCUCCUUCGCGCCCACCGCCUAAACCCUAGUUGGAAGUUAGCCUUCGCGGCCCACCUCUCCUGUUUUGGUCGAUUGAUUGUCUGUCUCUCUUUUCUUGUUCGAUUAAUUUGUUCGUUUACUUGGUUUUGAUUGGGUAUUUGGUCAGAGUCGCUGAGGGGUGUAGCGCGGGAGGAUGGGGGAGCCCUCCAAGGUGAUCCACAUACGGAACGUCGGGCAUGAGAUCUCCGAGAGCGAACUGCUCCAGGUGGUGCAGCCGUUCGGCACAGUCGCCAAGCUCGUUAUGCUGCGUGCUAAGAACCAGGCUCUCGUCCAGAUGGAGGAUUUAGCUUCUGCAGUGAAUGUGAUCCAGUACUACAAUACAAUUCAACCCAGUGUAAGGGGAAGAAAUAUUUACUUGCAAUUUUCAUCUCACCAAGAACUGACUACUGAUCAGAGCUCACAUGGACGAAAUCCUGAUCAGGAAGAACCCAACCGCAUUCUGUUAGUAACCAUUCAUCAUAUGCUUUAUCCUAUAACCAUUGAAGUGCUUCAUCAAGUGUUUUCUCCCUAUGGAUUUGUGGAGAAGAUAGUCACAUUUCAAAAGUCAGCCGGUUUUCAAGCCCUCAUACAAUAUCAGUCACGUCCAAGUGCAAUACAAGCUUAUGGCGCUUUGCAUGGACGGAACAUAUACGAUGGUUGCUGCCAGCUAGACAUUCAAUAUUCAAAUCUCAGCGAGUUGCAAGUUCACUACAACAAUGAUAGAUCUAGAGAUUUCACAAAUCCAUCUUUGCCAACAGAACAACGCCCAAGAUCAUCUCAACCUAGUUAUAAUGAUCCAAGCAGUCUGUUUGGUUUCCAGCAACCUGGAGAUCCAUAUGCACAGAUGAGUAAAGCUGCAAUGAUUGCGUCUGCUUUUGGUGGAACAUUGCCUCCUGGAGUGUCUGGCAUCAACGACCGAUGCACACUCGUAGUUAGCAAUCUGAACACUGAGAAAAUUGAUGAGGAUAAGCUCUUCAACCUUUUCUCAAUGUAUGGGAAUAUCGUGCGCAUCAAGAUACUAAAAAAUAAACCAGACCAUGCCCUCAUCCAAAUGGCGGACGGGCUUCAGGCCGAGCUUGCUGUACAGUAUUUAAAGGGAGCAAUCUUAUUUGGAAACAAACUUGAAGUGAACUAUUCCAAAUACCCAACCGUUACGCCUGAUCCAGAUGCGCAUGACUACUCAACUUCUCACCUGAACAGAUUUAACAGCAAUGUGGUGAAGAACUACCGCCACUGCUGUGCUCCAACCAAGAUGAUCCACAUCUCAGCGCUUCCACAAGACAUAACUGAGGAUGCUAUCCUUUCCCUUGUUGGCGAGCAUGGGACCAUCGUCAACUCAAGACUGUUCGAGACAAACGGCAAGACGCAGGCCCUUGUGCUGUUCGAAAGCGUGGAAGAGGCAACGGAGGCGCUUGUAGAGAAGCACGCAAGCAAGCUGGACCGAACCAACAUCAGGAUUUCCUUCUCCCAGAUGCAGAACAUUUAGUUCUUCCCUAAAAAUUAUAAGCCAAAGCUAGCUUACCUUAACUUCGUGAUUUUGUUAAUGGAGUUCGAUUUUGUCAAGCUUUUCUUGCAUGAACCUCUAUAUGUUUCACCUUUCGCCCAAAAAGUAGUGUCUAUCUUUACGGAUCUGAUAACUUGUGCUCUGUUAUAUGAUGCGCUCU